CAAGUUGAACAGGCGAGGUCCUCUGUUAAACAGUUUAAUGAAAUAUCGUGCCUUUGGUCUUCCUCGCUUCAUCAACAUUUUUCGAAAUCCUUCCUGACUUUUUUCAUCCUCCCUGAGCCUCCACCUUUUUUAGCAAAGGUUUCUGUUUAAUAACUUUUACACAAGGAAGACAACAAACAGUACCUACUGAUUGAUGUCACGAAGUUCUUCUGCUGCGGUUCACGAUGUUACCUCAAGUAGUGCAUACUUACUGAUAUUUUUAGAAAUUUUACUGCACCUGCGUGUGACCAUGAUUUUUUUAGCGUCAAACCCGGUCCCCCGAUGGGUAUUUCUCCCAAGCAAAAUUGAAAGGCAAUGAGAAAGAAGUAGGUACAACUCAGAAUAAAACUCACUAUCCCGCCUCCAGCAUGCGACUGGUUUGACUUUGGGAAUCAAGUAGAAGUCGUCGGUCAUAUUUUGUACCUGAAGUAAUUAGGACAAUUUGAGAUUGAGCUUCAGUUUCUUGUAGAUCUAGAUCUUGUUCUAGAAACAUAAUUAAAAUUUUAGUUAUAUAUAGUAUUCGUUGUUCUAGGUUGGUAGCACUAGCUUCAUGUCCAUCCGCCUGCACUACAUGUUGUACUUAAAAAGAUAAACAGGAGCCUAGCGAACAUAUAUUAUAGAAGAUGUCUGUCGACCCGCAAUUUGAUUCGGGGACGACAUGCGUCGAUCUCCUCGACAUGGAAUCAGAGGCUUUCAUGUACUUGGACGGCGUGACUACAGUCACUUUUUUCGAUGGUCCGUGUCCCUUGGAACAGGUGAAAGAGCGACUCGUGAAAGUCGUGCAAGAGUCGCCCUGGGUAGCGGGAAAAUUGGUCAAGAAGAAAGCAAAGAAAACAGUCUACCAAAUGUCGUUCGACACGGUUGCAGCAGCACCAGAAAAAAUCGUGGAGAAACUCCUAUGCUGUUGGUGAAGGUAAUCAACGGCACUAAUUUAUUUGAUCGAAAAGAAUAGAAGAGGUUUACGAGGUAGAUUCUUGUUGUCAUGAUCCUCGAAGGUCAUCAACAACAAGAAGAAGUACUUGAACUUGUUCAUGUCUAUCCAAAAUCAAGAUCUGGCUGUAUGAGUAUCAUGGUAAGGCUAGAUUGAUCUGCUUCUAACGCUGGUGUCCGAAAUCGAAAUGGGUAUCUUUUCUACGGACAAAAGAGCGAUGCCCACGUCUUGCGAGGCCUUCGUCAAGAAGGUCGGAAAAACCAAGGGUCACAUCAAAGAAGACGGGUUUGGUCUCGUGAAGAAAGGCCUGCCUUAUGCGCGCUUGACGAUAGUAAGACCGAGCAGUAACUCGGGAUCGGCGGUUGGCGCGACUUCCGCGUGGGCACUGAUAUUUUCGGUUUCCCACGUCAUCGCUGAUUUAUGAAGAUGACACUCUAUCAACAGGAAAGUCCAGAACUUCUUUGUAGUCGAGGGUCCGCAUCAACACUGCAUUGAGUAAAGCAACUUGUUCCCCUACUCGUUGUUUCAGUAAAAUCAACUCACGUUCUUUCACGUAAGUUGUAACACUUAAUUCUACAACAUGAUAGAUGAACUACCACGAAUAGUACACGUCCACUACAAGAACUACGACUACCACAAGCAGUAACUCUACUCCUUUUCAUACGGCGGAUACACAUAUUACAGGCUGCUCCAAAUGUUGUCCACGAAAGAAGAAAUUGUGUCGCUGAAUCCCGAGAGAUGGCACAGUUUCGUACCAAGGCUCAAAGAAGCAGUGGGUGCAAAUGUCUAUGCCACGUAUUUGGGCUCUGCGCCGCUUAUCAUGAACUACAUUGGUAAUAUGCUGUUCGGAGGCAAACCUCGCGCGAAAGCAUUCUAUGUGGAUGCGGCGAAAGUGCAAAAAGCGAAAGAUACGGCUAUUUUUUCAAGAGCCACCUUCUUUGUGUUGUUAUUAGUUCUUGUUUAGUAGAAGUAGCAGUAGGUGUAGCAGUGGCGAUAAAGCAGGAUCAUCAUCGUGAUCGUGUAGUAGAUUUUGACUUCGUUUCGUCCUGAUGCUGAUGGUGCACUAGAUGUUGUUCACUUAUGAUAAAUACAACUACUGACAUAUCCAUGUGCUCAAGGUGAUGACUAAGAUACAAGUAGAAUUAGAAUUUGUCCACGUCGUUGUCGUUCAUUUGAAGCCGUGGUAUUCGUAUGCGUAUGUUGGCAGAAUAGUCAUCUCGUGAUCGCACAGAAGUGAUUUCUAAAAAGAAGAAAAGUAGCUCAUCAGGAACAAGCGGGACAGAUUUCGUUUCGACCAACGAUAUUCUCACGGCUUAUUGGGGUAGAAUGACCGGUGCUCGGCUAGUUGAAAUGUCUGUCAACUUCCGAGAACGCUUCCAGGAGUUGAACAAACAACAUGCGGGAAACUAUUAUGAUUACAUCGUCACGGAAAGGCAACGGAGUUGUCGUGCUGAUAUGUCGUCGCUAUAGCUAUCAUAGAUACUAUUUUAUCAUCUUGACGUUGACCACGACCUAGAUCUUGUUUUACAUCAUCGUCAUCCUUUUUACUUUGCAGCAGACUCUGGAGGAACUACAUCAUCUUGAUCUUCCUCUAAGACUACGAGGGUUGUAUGCUUUUUGCACCUGGUGAUUUUCAGGAUCCUGUCAGCAUUCGCAAAGGGAUCCAGCGCAAGGACGGCAAGUUCCAAUCGAUUACCGAGAAACCACUACCUGGCUUUUUCGAGAUGCGAAGAUGCAAAUACCGCAUUAUCAGUAAUUGGUCGUCCUUCUUCUCAGAACUGGAGUUAUGGAGAACAGAGGCUUUAACAUUAUAUAAACAUUGUAAUUAUGGAUAUGGACGACAUGGUAAGUAGGCAAAAAAUUCUAAAUGAACAGAGUGCGUCUUCAAUUACGUAUGUAUGAAGAAAGCAUAACAAGUAAUAGUAAGUUUUAGUAGCUAGUCCUAGCGCCACGGACACGGAGUUCGACGAGCAGAUUGGCAUUGGUCGCGGCAACAUCAUAAGAAGAUAACCCUCUAAUGCUUUUCGAUGACUGCACUCAGACCUUACACAUCCCGUAUCUGGCGCCGAGUGCUAUGCCAACGGACGUUCUGAUAAUUUUUCGUCCCACACGCUCGACCUACGGCGUUUUCACCAUUACUCGAAAACUGAAGGAUACCGCUUUCACAUCCAACGACUCGCCUUUGGGCGCGGAAAUCAUUCCUACAAAGAAUGUCGUCAAAUAACAUUUUUGAAUACAAAAAGGGACUACUUUGUAUCUUUGUGAAUACGACCCGUUCAAAUGAAGAACAAGUAGAAGAAGGGCGCAGUGCUAAGGAUGAGGAGUAUGCGACUUCGUUCGCGCUGCAAACUGCGUUUGCCCUCAUAUAGAAGUAAGAAAACAUAAGCAAGCAGCAACAUAGUACCAAGGCUUCUAAGUAUGCGUAUGCCAAGUUUGUUGGCUCUUCCUGGUUUUUCUCCUAUCGUAGUCGUUAUUUCACAGUGGGUAGGAGUAUACACCAACCGGAGACAAUGACACCCAGGAGCAGCCUCAACAAUAUCGAUGUAUAGCUCGAAGUUUGUUCUUAACAUGAAUUGACCCCUUUUCAGAGUUCUUCAUCCUCCAAAUUCGAAGUCGUGUUUUUGCACAGACGAAAUUACACGGAGAAAACGAAUGCGAUUUUACCCGCGGCCCAAGUAAUUUCCUGGUCUCCAUGGAAUUUGAAACUUUGUUUUUUAUUGAUGUUCAAUUUGAUCCCUUCACCUUCUGGUGUCACUGGAAACCAUGCAAAUACAUUGUUCUCAAUGUGAUGAAUCCGACUCGAAGGAGAACGAAAAAUCCACCCAACGUCCUCCACAUGCUGGAGCCGGUGGUAAAAGAAUUCAAAUUGACUCACUGGCCGUGCAGUUGGUGCCAUACAGGAAC